GAUUGCGGCCCGGCCGACGGAUCGCCAGUUGCUCCUGAAAAUUUGCAUAAAAUAUUUAUCCUUGUUUAAUCCAUGCAUACAGAAAAUUCGUUAUAAACAUUACUUCCGGAAUUCACAUUAACGAGGUAUUCUGGGGAAGAAUGAGAUAAUUUAACAUUAAUACGUUGGUCGAUUUCAUGCUGUUCGAUAAUGGUCUUCUGGCAUCUACAUCUGAAGGGUACUUUUAAGCAGUUGUAUUCUUCAAUAACGAUGAGGAAGCAAAGUCUAUAUUUAUAAGAGAAUUUCUUAAACACUGUGAGCAAUAAUACGUUUUCAAUUGGCAUACCAAAGAUGACACUCGCACCGAAAGAGCUUGCCAAACUUAUGGACAUUCUCGAUGAAGAAAAUUUGGAUACUACGCUGGAGGUUCUCUCGAACCAACUUCAUCAGACUUUUGCAAAAGAAGAUCGUUUUAAAGUGGGAAUGACGUUAUUGUUGUUAUUACAAAAUAUCGAUCUUCUACCAAAUCAUGUUCAGCGUAUUAUGGCAGUAGCUCUGCUUUUUGACCUAUACAAGGGAGAAUCCUUAGCUUCUACUCCAUUUGCAACGGUAUUUGUUCAGAUUUUAAAGCCGUCGGAAGAAACGGGUAACGGGGUAUCCAGGCCAAAUUUUUCUGGCCAUAUUCCGGUUCUAUCACCAUGCGAGAAGAAUCUGCUGGCACAUUUACUGGGAUACAAUGCCAAAGAAAUUACAAAGAAAACUCCACGACAAAUUAUCGAUGAGCUUUACUUUGCUACGACGCCGCCUAUCGAUUUAACCAAUUUGCAAAUGCAGUUAGCGGAACGUCAUGCCGAAUUGCCUGCCAUAAGUAAAUGCGGAAAUCCUAUAAUAUUGCCAGAUAUGGACCGUUCAAAAACAGCAGAGAUCGACAAAAAUUUAGGUAGAAAUAUUGCCGAAAGUCUAAUCACGAGUGAUAUACCACUAUGCAGUCAAAGCUAUAGGCCGGAGUUUCUGAGACUCGCUCCACCAAUUUUUCACUCUGCUAAUGAAUUAACAUGGAUGAAUGUUACAAAGCCAGCACAAUUUACUGCAGAAUAUGACACUGGAAUGUGUGUAUCAAAUUGUGCCGGAGCCGAGGCUCGCAAAUUAAUGGGCAAAGCAUUCAAGAGUGUUUUAACAUUACAACAGCAGCAACAUUUGGUUACGGAAUUAGACAAGGAUCCAAAACUGGUAUAUCACAUAGGUCUUACUCCUGGAAGAUUACCUGAUCUUGUCGAGAAUAAUCCACUUAUUGCGAUCGAAGUCCUCUUGAAGCUCAUGCAAUCCAGCCAAAUCACUGAAUACUUCAGUGUCUUGGUUAACAUGGAAAUGUCCUUACAUUCUAUGGAAGUAGUAAAUCGUUUGACUACUACCGUUGAUUUACCAACUGAAUUUGUUCAUCUUUAUAUAAGCAACUGCAUAUCCACCUGUGAAACUAUAAAAGAUCGUUACAUGCAAAAUCGUCUUGUACGACUAGUUUGUGUCUUUCUUCAGUCAUUGAUUAGGAAUAAGAUUAUAAAUGUGCAAGAACUUUUCAUAGAGGUGCAAGCGUUUUGUAUAGAAUUCAGUCGAAUUAGAGAAGCAGCUGCGUUAUUUCGACUCUUGAAGCAAUUGGAAUCAGGAGACAUAGGUGGAUUAACAGUGCCACCGGCAAAAAAUAAAAUAGAUAUGUGUUGAUGGAACUUGUAUUACAAUGAUUUGUUAAAGUAAUCGUAAACAUUACAAAGGAAAACAGAUUGUCAUCUUUUUACUAUUUUUAGAACAAAUACAAUAAAGUUGUAACACGUAA